GCUACUGUGCAUCACGAGCACGUGACGCGCCAGUCGGUGUCAACAACGAGAAUGGGAGGCAUGGAGGCUCCGCUGCCGCUGCGCUCUCUCCUCCUCCUGCCGCUGCUGCUGCCGCUCCUCUCGACGGUGUCGGCGCAGACCCCGGGGGGCUGCACGCUCACCACCAAGUCCGGGAAGCCGUCCGACCGCGAGGCCCAGCUGCUCGCCCGGCUCGAGCCUCUGCGCGGCACAACACUGAUUUCGAGCUACGAGUCGGAUGGCGAAACCUACAACUACACGAUGCGCGUGUGCGACUCCGUGGCCGGGGCCCCCGCCACUGCGGGACUGGUGCAGCGCGACGCCAAGGGAGCCCAGACCAUCAUUGGGCGGACCAAUGAGACGCACCUCAUCGGCGGCCUCGACUGGAUCCUGCUGAUCUACAAGGGUGGCGAGGCCUACGACACCCACUGCCACUCGGAGAAGCGCAAGGCCAUGGUCAUGAUCUCCUGCGACCCCUACAGGCUGGCCAGUCAGCUGACGAUCGUGAGCGAGGAGCGGGAGAAGGACGCCGACUGCUUCUAUCUGUUUGAGAUGAGCAGCUCGGUGGCCUGCAACGACCAGGGCAGCGGCCUCGGAGCCGGCGCCAUCAUCUUCAUCGUGUUGCUGGUGCUUAUCGCCGUGUACCUGCUCGGCGGUUUCCUGUACCAGCGCUUCGUGGUCGGAGCGAAGGGCGCAGAGCAAAUCCCAAACUACCACUUCUGGCAGAACCUGGGCAACAUCCUGGCUGACGGCUGCGACUUCGUGUGCCGCUCCAAGCCGAAGAACCAAGCGGCGGCGUACCGCGGGGUGGGCACCGGCGCCGAUGGGGACGGCGCCGAGGAGGAGGAGGAGAGGGACGACCACCUCCUGCCCAUGUGACGUGGCGUCUGCCCAUGUGACGUGGCGUCUGCCCCUCCACCCGCCCCCCCCCCCAGCGACUCCCUCCCUCGGGUCCCCACCCACCCCGCGUUUCUCUCACACACACAGCGUCUCUGUCACACACAGCGUCUCUCUCACACACACAGCGUCUCUCUCACACACACGGCCCGCCGGACCUGCCAAACCCAUCUCCAGCCUCCCUCGACUGCCACCCCCGCCAUCACUCCCUGCUGCCACCCCCGCUUAGAGACGUAACGACCUCAUCGUCAUCGUUGUCGUCAUCGCGAUCACCGCCACGUGGCUCGGGGUCACCGGUCGGAGUUUAGCAGAGCACAACUCAUUCACAGCUGCUGGUCAAUCCACUGCUGGAUGAAGGCCCCCCCUCCCCCCACGUCCAGGUCAGUCAUGGGGAAUUCAUUUUUUUUCUUCCAUAUUUCAUCUUCCCGACCGGAGCAGAUAAACCACCGCUGAUGUUAGCCAUGGCCCGGAAUCAAACCGGGGCUGCCGCACUUGUACCGCAGCGCGCGCUAACCACGCCGCCACCACUCUUCCCUACCAGCCCCCCCCCCCGAUUCAUGAUUCAGGGUGGUGGUACGAUUCAGGGUCAUGGUCGGUGUCCCAAUUCAUUGCAGUCUCUAGCGUUCUACACUGGAGUGGAUCUGCAGCUCCAGUCGUGUUCUCAACCUAUGGAGUUUGUAGUGUGGUGGUUAUAUAAACUCUAUACCAGCAUUAUUCCAUAGAAUCUGUAGCAACGUGAGACUAACGACUCUACAGCGGCGUGAAUCUACACUCCAUGCCAGAGUCGAUCUAGACUCCACGCGUCACGAGCUAUCGAUUCCCCGCUCACGGAAAGACGACGCUUGCAUUGCGAGCGUCGGGAUUGAUUUUCCGAUCCACGGAUCGUUAACGUCUCUCAUUCCCCUUCCUCCCCCGGGGGGGCGGGGGGGGGAGCGGGGGUGGAGGGGGGGGGCGUGAUGAUGAGUGUAGCGUCGUCAUGGCGAUGACUGGGAGAUUUGCGCCAUCCGGUCCAGCGCAUUUGGAUGAGGAGGCAGGUGAGAGGGAGGGAGAGAGAGGGGGAAAGAGAGGGGGAGAGAGAGAGAGGGGGAGGGAGAGAGAAAGGGAGAGAGGGGGGAGAGAGGGGGGGAGAGGGAGGGAGGGGAAGAGAGGAUAAUCCUUUUUUUUUUGUUCAAUCUUUUUAAAAUUCGCGAACGCUCGGUCACAGAGGUCGAUGUCCCUUGGGAAGGGGGGGGGGGCGUGGGGUGUCCGUGCAGCCCCCCACAGUUGCCCCCUGCCCCCCAAUCUCCCUUGCCUGUUGAGUUUUUAUAUUUCCCGCUUGUGUUUCCCGCAUUUUCUUGCGGAGCGCUCUCUGCUGCUGGUUGCUCCAGAGUUACCCCCCCCCAUUCCUCCUCCCCUCGGUCUUCAGAACCCCCUCCAACUUGCGCACCCCCCCAAAAUAUAUCCCCCUCCACCUUGCCCGCUCCCCUCCAAUGAACCACUCCACGGGUGUUGGGGUGUAUCUCGCUGCUGUCACCCUGUUGUUUACCGUUGGGACGGGCAGCGAGUGGCAGGGUACGCAAUGCCGUGUGCUGCAUUCGUUCGUCGUGGUGGGGUGCGUGCGCGUGUGUGUGGGCGCUGUCGUGGUAGGAGGCGGGGUGCGUGUGUGCUUGUUCUGGUAGCGGUUCGGGGGUGUGUGUGUGUGCGCUCUACUGGUAGGGGUGGAGUGUGGUGCGUGUUUGCUUGUAUGGGAUAAGGGUUGUGGUGCAUGUGUGCUUGUACUAGUAGGGGCGUCGUGCGAGUGUGCUGCACUGGUAGUGGUUGUGCUGUGGCGCGUGUGUGCUGCACUGCUCGUGGUCGGGGCAGGGUGCGUGUUCGUUCUGGGGAGGGGUCGGGGUGCAGGAGCCGCUCUUUCGCGGGAUUUUCGGUGUGCGUCCUGCGGGGGUCCCUGUUACGUUCGGAGCUGUUUGCCGAGUUGCAAUAAAGCGGAGAGCGGU